UCUCAUUUGAACAAAAUGAUGGCGCUUAUAACUCUUUUGAAAGACUUCGUUACUGACCAGAAUAUUCUACUAUCCUACGGAAACUGUAUACUGGAAGUCACUGAGAAUUUGGUGUCUACGCUGGUGAGGAAAACAGAUCCCAUCAAAUCCAUCAACAUUUCUCUACAAACUUUAGAGGUUCAGGUAAUUACUGUUGGACAAAACACCUCUGUGAAUAAAGUCCAUUCUCUCAUCACAAGCAGUGCAUCCAUGGAUAUCGAGUUGACUGGGAUCUCAAAGAACAGCAAUGUUACUGUGGCCUUUGUGAGCUACACCAACAUGGCAGACAUCCUGACACCUUCUACAUUUGUAAGCGAAACCAUGUCUGCUGUGGUAUCAGUGACACUUCUCCAAACCACCAACCCACACCUCACCAAACCACUCAAUCUCACGUUCACACACAUCAGAGAGUUAGACCCUGCAGGCAUUCUCUACUGUGGGUACUGGACAGACACAGACUGGGCUGAAGCUGGUUGUAACAUCACAGACAAAAACUCCACUCACACUGUGUGCUCUUGUGAUCAUCUGGGUACUUUUACUAUCAUGCAAGUUGUAUGGAAGCUAGUACUGGACUGGCUUUGGGAUUUUUUCUAUUUGUCAUUUGGUCUGUGGAUGUUCAUUGAAGCCAUCCUGCUCUUCAUAUCUGUGAAGAACCUAUCAAAUAUCAGAUCAAUGCAGGGGGAGGGGUUUAGCUGGAAAUGGUUAAUUGUGAUUGGAUACUGUGUGCCCCUGGCUCUGGCGACUCUGCUGUUCAUGCUUCUGAGGUUUACUGGAAGCCAAACAUGUAUCGAGUGAGUGUGGGAAACUGGGUGGGUUUAUUGCCUCAUUUUAUUUCAGUAAUUUCACACAGGGAAGAGUGCUGUUAUACUGAAUAUCAGCAUGGCUCUGAUUCUAACAAACUAUUGCUAGAAUUUUAUGUCGUGAACACAGAGAAGUGGAGUGAUACUGUGCAAGUGCUGUUAUACGAAAUAUCAGUACUCUUGGAAUGGCCAAUCAAUUGUCCAAUCAAAUAAGUGGACCACAACUUAUGUAACUGUUUUAAUUCCAUCCAUCCAUCCAUCCAUCCAUCCAUCCAUCCAUCCAUCCAUCCAUCGCUUAUCCAUAUCGCUUAUUUGUCAGGGUCACGGGGGAACCUGGAGCCAAUUCCAGCUAACCUCAGGUGAUUGGCGGGGUUCACCAUAGAUCGCUGUCUAUCACAGGGCUACAUUCAUCCAUACAUUAGUUGUCCACUACAAUCGGAAAAACUAUAGACCUGCUUGUUUAUGCAGUUAUCCACGCAGCCAAUCACGUGGCAGCAGCACAGUGCAUUAGAACAUACAGGUACGUAGGGUGACCAGAUUUCCCUAGUCUGAAACCAGGACACUUUUGCACGCGACCAUGCUCGUGCAUGCACACCUUUUUUUUACGUAAACGUGACACUCAGAGAGGUGCUCUUAUCAUUUUGUUGAAGCUCACAUUUAUGAACAUCUCACAUGAAAUAAAACAAACAGGCAUUUUGUUAUCUAGUAGCAUAGUGGUAUACAGAUCAGUUAAAUUAUGGUCAGACAACAGAUUUUGUAAUGGCUGAGAAUAGGCCAGGCUAUGUCCAUAGGCCAAAUUUAAACUGAUUUAUUUCACCUGUUUGUGAGAACACCAAGAAGAAUGCAUAUGCACAUGUAGGCUAUAUCUCUAAAAUUGUAUGCACUAUAGCAUGAACUUAAAAAGUAGAUAUGUGACCUCAACAUAGCCUAGGUCAGAAUCAACCUUACUAACCAUUCCCCACAACUGAAUGAAUAAAGCAAGAAGAUGUGUACAAAAGUGAACACUUUAAUGGAAGGUGCAACAAGCUGUUCAACACAGCAAUAUGGCCAAACUGUCAGAAUGGUAUGUUAAACAGAAACAAAAAAGACAAGUGAUUUGAGAAUAUACACUCAAACAAAACAGCAGUAAAGGAGGAGAGGGGCGACAGCCCGAGGAAAGCCCCCACAGCAGCGCACAGCAUUUGCCACAUAGGCUACCCAACUCAGUACAAGAACAAAACACUUACAGUGUGUGCAGUAGGCUUCGUGUGCAUUGUUCUGCACCUCUCGGAGGAAGGGGUAGGUGCCCUGUAAAUCUUUGGAAAAGGUACAUUUUCUUUUCGGCAUAAUUGCUGCGGCAUUACUGCUGCUAGCUGCUAGACAAAGAACAUUCGCGCCAGUUAAUGUUUUAUUUUAUUGUUGCAUGGCAACACGUUCUGUUGUCUGGAAUAAUGUGGCUAAAUAAACACCCAUGCCACAGGGCCAGGGGGCAGUAACCAGGAAAGUUUGCGAUUCCUGUUGUGGCAGCGGGGGUGUGGUCAAGCGUCGGUCUGUGACCACGGAGUCAGG